UUUGGGCACUAUCAGUUGGCAGCUCCAACCAUUCUCGUCUGAUUUAUCAGAGUGACAGAUUUAUCAGUGAUCUCUCUGCAGACUGGCUCUACGGCAAGCUUUAUUUUGUCAUAGACAAACAGGUACUACGAUGUGAUGUGAGAAACUGCUCCACCGAAGUUGUCAUUUCAUUCACUUCUUCUCCAGUUAAAACAGUAGCAGACCCAUUCAAUGGAUAUUUGUUUAUUGCUUUCAUGGAUAGCCUAUAUCGUACGGCUUUACCAGGAAUGGUGUUGGAAGCUGAGAUCAAAAGCAUGGAACCUAUAGUAGCAAAUACAUCACUUCUCACUUUCACUUUGACCCCAUAUUUUAAAAGACUUGUUUACAUUAGUGGCAGAGGAGGGACAGUCCAUCAUAUAUUUUUGGAUGGGACAGAAAUGGGCUUGAACAGCUUACUGCCAUUUGAUACGGCCAAUAUUCAACAUAUAGUCCAUUCUUAUAAUUUAUGGGUUUUAACGAAUGGAAAGCAGGUCUAUGUUGCAGAAGAAUACGAUAAGCAGUUGUACCCAAUUGAGGUGAGUGUGGAGUCAUGCAACGUGAAGGAUGGAAACUUUGACAACUUGUUUUUAUGGGACUCUUCUACUCAGCCUUUGCCAAUACCUCUUCAUGAACCUACCCACUUGCAAGUUGUCUUCGGAUUCAAUUCAGCAGCUUUAAACUGGAGAAAGCCUCUACCAGGGGAUGGGCUUGGACCUAAUGCAUGGCAGCAGUGGUCCUAUGACCUGAUUAUUAUAAAUGGUAACAUAAGCAACUAUAAGGAUGGAAUCUGUUCAACAAAUAUCACCUUGCAUGGCUUGAGCAGUUCUACAUUAUAUACUUUCAAGAUACGUGCAUCUUCUCUAGGUGGCAAAGGUCCAUGGUCUUCAAUGUUUCAAGGAACAACACUUAAAGAAGGUGCUAAUCCCUAUAUUCUAGCAGGAAAUGAAAUGGGAAUCUGGAAAGUUUUCUUGGAUAAAUUUACGAAUGAAAAUAAGCUUCCAAGUGUCAAAAAUGCAAUAGAUUUAGACUGGCUGAAUAGUUCCCUCUACUGGACAAAUUCUACUGGUUUCGCUCAUGUCACAUCCUUGUUUGAUUAUGACAGUGAGUCACAGGUGAUAGAAGGCUUGCAGAAUGUAGGAGCAUUAGCUUUGGACUGGAUAAGUAAAACCCUGUACUGGGCUGACAGUGAGACAAAUAAG